GAGAUCUACGCGUCCAGUCUCCAGACGCUCCAUCUGGGCCACGCCCUCUGGUACCCCGAGCCGCACGAGUCGGGCGAGCCGCAGAUCGGCGAUGUGGGAUUCAUGUUUGAGGGGGCGUUCAUCAGGUUGUUCAACCUCGACACGUCUGCUGCCGAGAAGAAAGUCACGUUCUGGGACCCGCCGUACAAGAUCACCGAGCCCGUGCCUCCAGGCGUGUUCAAGAUCGAUCGCAGGCGCCAGCCGCUCGUCCCAGGCAACUAUCGUAGCCAUGGAGUAGAGAGCAGGGAGAUACAUGCCUCGGCAGAUGUGACGGCCGGUCCCAGUGUAUCUGUGACUCUCGAAACUAGCUACACAUGCAAGGCGGCGCAGGGUGCAGUACUCGUUCUGAAGAGCGAGGCGCACGCCGAAAGGAUGUUCGAGAACCGUCUGUUGAAGAAGCACAUCCUCCGCAAUCACGACAAGUGGUGCGCGUACGUCAAAGACGAGCUCUUCCAGGACGUAAAUCCGGAGGACAUCGUCGUAGUCAGCGGCUGGGUCAAGACUGGGGCGGACUGGGCGGCGAUCGCUUUCGGGAACGCAAGCACUACCUCCAGUGCCUCGGCGGAAGGCCGUGUUGGCGGCGUCGCGGGAGUCGCAGCAGGCGGGUCGCACUCGAGGUCCGUGACGGGUCCCAGGAUGGAACGGCAAGGCCAGAACUAUUUGUCGGGAGCGUCCAGCUCCCAAACCGCCGGUGGAAAGCGAGACCAUUCCGUCUUCGUGAAGCGAUACAAGAUGCUGAAGCGACUGGGAUUUCUUCGGAAGGUCGUCGCAGGCGCUGGCUACGAUCGGCUGCCGGGUCAGGGCGAUGGGCGUGGCGCUUCCGGAGCAGAAGGAGUCAUGGUGGAGAAGGACGAGGACGAGGACGAACGGAACGCACGGUUGACGAGAUGCCAGAGCAAAGUUUCGGAUCCGCUAGACAUCCUUCUGGAAUACAUAUUGGAGGUA